CCCUUCAUUUUUUCCUAUUAUUAAACACAAACGAGAAAAUCUUUCCUAAUUUUCUUUCCAUCCAAACACACCAUUAACCGAUUCUUGAGAAUUUGAAGAUGACAACUCUUUUUGGGCCAUUAAAAACAAGCUUCUACCAUCACUCCUUAUCAGCAAAGGCCACGACUACUACUACCUCAUGUUCUUCUUGUUCCUCAAUCUGUAUUGUGGGUACCAAAAAGCUUCCAUUUUCGGUGACAUUGUCUGAUAAAGGCAGUUUCUUGAACCCACUGGUAUUGGGUGGCAACGUCAAGUAUUUAGACUGUAAAAGGAGGAGAACAAAUGGUGUUCGAAUGUCAUGGGAUGGUCCACUAUCCUCUGUUAAACUCAUUGUUCAAGGCAAAAACUUGGAGUUGACAGAUACUUUGAAAACUCAUGUCGAAGAUAAGGUGGGAAAGGCAGUUCAAAAGCAUAGUCAUUUUGUGCGAGAAGUUGAUGUUAGACUGUCAGUUAGAGGUGGAGAGUUUGGGAAAGGGCCGAGGAUUCGGAGAUGCGAGGUGACUUUGUUUACAAAGAAGCAUGGAGUGAUUCGGGCAGAGGAAGUGGCUGAGACAACAUAUGCAAGUAUUGAUUUGGUCUCGUCAAUCAUUCAAAGGAAACUGAGGAAGAUAAAAGAGAAGGAUUCGGACCAUGGCCGUCACAUGAAAGGGUUUAAUAGGCUGAAGGUGAGGGAGGCUGUGAUUGAACCUGUGAAGGAUGAUAUAGAUGAGGUAGAUGGUCUACCCCAAGAUGACAAUGAGGACUAUAUUGAUAAGGUUGUGCGAACCAAAUAUUUUGAUAUGCCACCUUUGACUGUUUCCGAGGCCAUCGAGCAAUUAGAGAAUCUUGAUCACGAUUUCUUUGGUUUUCGGAAUGAAGAUACUGGUGAGAUAAACAUUCUCUACAGACGAAAGGCUGGGGGUUAUGGCGUAAUCGUACCUAAAGGAAACGGUGAGAAUGAGAAAGUGGAGCCUGUGGUGAUUGAACCAGCUAAAGAGCCAUCCUUGGCAGAAUAGAUGAGCCUCGUAAUGGAAGUUUUUUGCAAAUUAGUGUGGACAUGCCUAUUUUGAUGGCGAUGAUGGUGUAUAUAAGGCCGAAGGAAGCAGCGGAGACAGCAUUGUAUAGGAUUUUGAGAUUGAGUAUCCACAGAUUAAUAUGAUGUUUGAUGAUAUGUUUUUAUGAGUAAUUAGUUGUUCCGCUGCACCUGAUAUUCAGUGGCAUCUAAAUCUUUUUAAGAUUCACUAAUUAACCGAGCAGAUUAUUAUGAGAUGAAAUAUUUUGAUAUCA